AUGGGCCCCUUAAUGAAUUUUCUGCCCCCUUUUUGGUUUUUAUUUGCUUUAUUUUGGGUCUUGUGUGGGGGCCAGCAGCCGCCAGAGGGGAAAUGCCUCAGCGGGCGCGCCGGGCUCUGCCGCGUGACGCCCCUGGGCUUCUGGAGAGGCAAGCCCACCUAUGACCCCUACGAAGCUCUGGGAGUUCCGCCCAAUGCCUCUUUAGACUCCAUUCAAAAGGCCUACAGACUGAAGGCCCUUUCUUGCCACCCGGACAAAGUGCGGGCGUUAUGCGGCGAGGAGAGCGGUGUACGUACACCUGGGGCCCGCGCGCGCGACCCCGAGGAGGAGCCCUUCGUCAUUAUUAAUGCAGCUUACGAAAUGUUGCGGAGGCCGCAAGAAAGGGAACAGUUCGAGCGGGAGGGCUCUGGGGACGGGGGCCGCUUCACAAAAAGAGAAAACGCAAAAUUCGGCGAAGACCGAGAGCCCGCGAAAAACACUCUCGCCGACUUCAUGUCCUUUUUCGCCCAAGAGGUUUUCUUCGGCUCUGCAGCAGAAAACGAAAACAACUCCGAAGAAGAAGAAGAAAAAGAAGAAGAAGACUCUUUUUCGUUUUUUGAACUCUUCGAAGCUUCAGAAGAAGACGAGGAAGAAGAAGAGUAUUUUUCUCUCGAUUUUGAUUCGGAUUUCAACGAACUCUUUUGA